GAAGCGCGAGCACACGAAUCACUCACUCAAUCAGGAAAAAUGUUUCACGUUUUGUUUGUUUCUGUUACAAUCCUGUUCUUCUCACAAACACAGUGUAAACCAAUUGAAGUGACGGAAGAUAAUUGGUCCGAUGUUCUCGAAGGAGAGUGGAUGUUGGAAUUUAUGGCUCCUUGGUGUCCAGCUUGCAGAGGAUUUGUAGAAACAUGGGACAAAUUUUCUGACUGGAGUAAAGAUUUGGAUAUUAAAGUAGGAGUAGUGGAUGUAACAGAAAACCCAGGUCUCAGUGGGAGAUUCCUGGUUUCAUCCCUCCCUUCUCUAUAUCACAUUAAGAAUGGGCAGUUCCGUCAGUACAAGGGCGGGAGAAAAGAAACAGAACUGGUCAGUUUUGUAGACGACAAGAAAUGGGAGGAGUUGGACCCCAUCCCAUGGUACUUCUCCCCAGCUUCUGUGCAAAUGGCUGCUCUGGGCCAGUUCUUCAAAGCUGCAAUGGCUGUCAGGGAUAUUUACAAUAUGAUGACAAAAGAGUAUGGGAUACCUGAAUGGGCCUGUUAUGUCAUCUUUGCCAUAGCAACCAUUCUACUUGGACUCAUUCUUGGUUUGUUAAUUGUGCUCUGCUGCGACAUGAUGCUCCCAUCCAAAUAUGUCCCAAAUCCCAAAGAGAAACCCCAGCCAAGGCCCCCAGCAGAAGGGGUGCAAAAGGAGGAUGAAGAUGCUGAUGGAGAGGAAUCGGAAACAGACAUUAUUGAUGACACAAAAACUACAGAGAAAGAUGGCGACUCCAAACCAAGAAGAAGGAGAGUGAAGAAAGCAGAUUGAGCAUUAGAGACAUUAGAUUAUUUUUAAUUGUGACAUCGGUCUUUAUUUUGAAAGGAGUGUGUAUGUGUUUAGAAGGCAGGGAGGGAGGAUGGGGUUCUAGUAAUUUGCGAUUGCUUUGAACUUCUUGUGUGAGGACUGAAAUGUGUGUAAUGCAUUUGUAUGUGAUGAUUUUAUCGUUUUACUUCAUAUUCUACAAGUUCCAGUUAGUCAAAUUUCUGUGUUUUAGGAAUUUUUUUUUAUAGAAAUUGGGAGUUUUAGAUUUACAGUGUAGCAGUCGAAAUUUUAGGGUCAUUUCAUUGAUAUUUUAAUUUCUGUUUAUUUUUUUUUUAAUGAGUGAGUGUGCCUAACAUGAAACAGUGUUGAUUUUAAAUGCAUGUUAACUUGUAGUGAUAUGAAAGUUGGCUCAAUACAUGCUACCAUGUGUAUUUUAAAAGCAGAUAUGAUAAGACUUGAUUGAAUCAGUUUUCUGUGUUGUUUUUUUUUUAACUUGGAGGACACUUUACAUGUAUUUGUGCUGCUGAAUAUUUUAGUUCACUUUCAUCUUUUAAUUUAUCAUUAAAAUACACAAUUUAUAGAAAAGAAAAAUUGGCAGUCAUAUUAAAGCAUCAUCUUUCAAUUAUUUGACAGGUUAUUUUAUAAAUGCAUACAUGCAUUUGUGUACAAUUGUAGCCAUAUUUUUGAAAAUGUGUGUGUAAAAUAUAGAGUGUUUGUAUUUUGGUUUUGACUAACUUGGAUUUUUUUUUCCAUCCCGGUAUAUGUCUAUGUUCUUGUUUAAAAGGGUUUUUUCAGGCAAGGAAGACUAAUUGCUUUCAAUUGGGAAAUAUUAUAAGAAACAUAGGCAUUGUAAAGAUAAUAAAACAAUUUAUCAAUUAGCUCAGACAAGAUCAAUUGCAGAAGAAGAAAAGGAAAGGUCAUUGGUUAUUGUUAUGUUUCUCUAUGGAAGUCCAAUGUUAAUUAGGUCUGAUUGAAUUUUUAUUUUAAAAAUCCUUGAUAGAUUGAAGUGGUUUCAGUUUGGGUUUUUUUGCAUUGAUUUACCCUGCUAUUUUCUUAUUGCAUAAGGUCAUUUUUUUAUUGUGAUGAUUUAGCAAAAAGAAAUACCAAAAUACAAAUCUUUUUGAAUAAAACAUUAAUGAAAGAAAUACCAAAAUACAAAAUCUUUUUGAAUAAAACAUUAAUGAAAGAAAUUCCAAAAUACAAAUCUUUUUGAAUAAGAUAUUAAUGAAAUAAAUACCAAAAUACAAAUCUUUUUUAAUAAAACAUUGCUCAAUGGCUGGAGAAGAAUGUUGUGAGUUCAACUUAAAUUUAAAUCAUGGUUCAUAAUUUUUUUCAUUUGGCUGUGAUAUCACAAUCUACCGUACAUAUAGGCAUAUACCAAAAUGUAUUUAAUAGUUUUAUUCCAUCUUAGAAAUGUACUCGUUUUACUAGUAUGAAUUCAUGAAUAACCAUUCCGUUGAGUGUUCUACUACUGUUUAUACAUGAAGAAAAUUUUUAAAAGGUGAUCAUGAACAUAUGAAUUGUGUCAUAAAAGUAGUAGAUGACUUCAGGGACAUAUAUACUAACUGUUAAUUUAUACGUCCCUGAUGACUUCUAAGAAAUAUUUUACAUUAGUCUUCUUUUUUUCCUACAUUCUGCCUGAUUCUCUGAUUCUGCUUAAAAAAAUCGUUUGAAAUGUGUCCUGCAAAAUUUAACAGUUUAAUGAAUGGACAACCAUAUUCAGAAAUUAAGAUUUAUUUCCUUUUAUUUCCAUGGAGUUAGAUUAUUAAACCGAAAUGGAUUGAUUUUUAUGUUCAACUGAUACAGCAUAUGCCAACCAAAUAACCUUGUCAUAUUUACUUAUUUUGAUGCAUUUUAUACUAAUUAACAUGUCAUUGUGUACCUGUAAAUACAAUUAAACAAUUCAUUUUGUUUUCAGUUCUUUAUUAUUUUUUUUUAGAUGAAACAAAUAACAAGCAUUAACAUUUUUUUUAUAUUCUUUUCUAUGCAAGAUUCAAUAAAAUUACGAAGUAUCGUAUUUUUAAA